AUGAAGUUUUGGAAGGCAGAUAGUGAUUGUUGUUCCUGGGAUGGGGUCACAUGCGAUACACUGAAUGGUGAGGUGAUUGGCUUAGACCUGAGCAACAGUUGGCUUUAUGGGCGUCUCAACUCUAACAGCAGUCUCUUUAGUCUGAAUCACCUUCGGAAACUCAACCUUGCCUCCAACAACUUCACUUUCUCCGCAAUCCCAUCUGAAUUUGGCCAGCUUGUGAGGUUGACCCACCUCAACCUCUCUUUUUCCUUCUUACAUGGCCGAAUCCCGUCGGAAAUUUCGUGGCUAUCCAAUUUGGUUUCACUUGAUCUCUCUCUCAAUUAUUUUUAUUACUCUGAUGGUGGUUAUUAUUAUGAGAAAUUCUUGGAUCUCAGAAGAAUUGAUCUUGAAGCACUUGUCCAGAACAUGACAUAUUUGAGGGAACUUCAUUUAGACGAAGUCAACAUUUCAUCAUCGCUACCUCAAUCACUGGCAAAUUUGUCUUCCUUGACUUCUCUUUCUCUGUCUUCUUGCUAUUUGCAGGGUAAAUUUCCCUCGAAUAUUUUCCUAUUGCCCAGGAUACAAACCAUUGAUCUGUCAUAUAACAGAGAACUCAUUGGUUUUCUUCCCAAAUUCCAAUCUCAUAGUUCCCUAAAGAAAUUGGUUCUUCAUGCAACAAAUUUUUCAGGGAAAUUGCCCAAUUCAAUCGGCAACCUCAAGUCCUUGAAUUAUUUGGCUCUUUAUUCAAAUAAUUUUUCAGGGCCAAUUCCACCUUCUAUUGGAAACCUAUCACAACUUACUUUUCUUUACCUCUCAUUUGACAAUUUUAAUGGUCAGCUUCCUUCCACAUUGGGAAACCUUGCAAAACUCUCUAUUCUGGCACUUACCAAAAUCCUUAACUAUCAGGAAGUACCAUCUUUCUUGCAAAAUUUUACACAACUAGAAGUCUUAAGCCUUCCACAAAACAAUUUUGACUGCAGCUUCCCAAUUUGGCUGACAAAUAUUACUAAACUCCGUGUCAUAAAUUUCUACGGAAAUCAGUUGAAAGGGCCAAUCCCAUCCGAAAUAGGUAGACUUUCUAAGUUGUCUACCCUUGACUUGUCUCAUAACUCACUCACAGGGGCCAUUCCCUCAAUUUUGUUUACAAGCCCUUCAUUGUCUAGAUUAUAUCUAGAUCAAAAUCAGCUCACUGGCCCGCUCAAAUUCCAAAAUGUCUCUACAUCACCAUUAAAUGUCCUGAGUUUGAGUGGAAAUAAAUUGAAUGAAUCAAUUCCAAGGUCAAUUGCCAAUUUCACUAAGCUACAAGGGCUAUAUCUUUCUUCGAUCAACCUAAAGGGCAAGGUGGAGUUAAACAUUUUCUUCGAGAUUAAAGAGCUUCGAGAUCUCGAUCUUUCAGGUAACAAAGUAUUGGUUCCAAAAGCAAAUAUCAAUUCCACCCUCCCCAAAUUUUCAUCUUUGUCAAUGUCUUCUUGCAAUUUGACUGAAUUUCCUGAUUUUCUGAAAGCCCAAAAUGAAUUGCAAAGUUUAGACCUUUCCAAUAACAACAUUGAAGGUAAAAUACCUAAAUGGUUUUGGAAUGUUGGAAAAGAGACACUGGGUUCCUUAAAUCUUUCUUUUAACCUUUUAAGCAAAUUUGAGCAACCACCUGUAGUUCUUCCAUGGAAAAAUAUGUACCUUCUAGACUUGAGUUCCAACAUGUUCCAAGAGUCAUUUCCGAUUCCCCCAUUGUCUACAAGUUAUUUUUUUGCCUCAAAAAAUAAUUUUACCGGAACCAUCCCUCCAAUGAUAUGUAAGGUGCAUACUCUGGAAGUCCUUGAUGUGUCUAAUAACCAAUUGACUGGUCAGAUUCCACAAUGUUUGCUGAACUUAAGCAAUUCUCUUUUAGUAUUGGCUAUGAGAAAUAACCACUUUCUAGGAAACUUUCCUGAAACGUUCAUAAAUGGAUGUAGUUUGAGGACACUAGACUUGUAUCACAACCAAAUAGAGGGGAAGAUUCCACGGUCUUUAGUUAAAUGUCAAACGCUAGAAGUUCUGAACCUUGGAAACAACAAAUUGAAUGAUACAUUCCCUUUUUGGUUGGAGUCUUUCCCAGAGUUAAAGAUUCUUGUCUUGCGAGGUAAUGGAUUCUAUGGUCCUAUCUGGGAUCCUUGUAAAAAAUUUGGCUUAUCCAAGCUGCAUGUCAUUGACCUCUCUCACAACAAUUUCUCUGGCAAGUUACCAUCCGAGUAUUUUCAAAACUGGAGUGCAAUCCUAGACAAAAACUCAUCACAAUCAGGGUACAUGGGAGAUGACUCCAAUUAUUACAAAGAUUCAAUGACUAUAGUGAAUAAGGGAGUAGAAUUGAAAUUUGAAAAAAUCUUGACCAUCUUCACAGCUAUUGAUCUCUCUAACAAUAGGUUUUGUGGAGAAAUUCCAGAUAGUUUGGGGAACCUCAAGGCAUUAAUUGUACUCAAUUUAUCAAGCAAUAACUUUAUGAGCCAUAUCCCAUCUUCGUUGGGAAACCUAGUUGCGCUUGAAUCUUUGGAUCUUUCUCAAAAUAGCCUGUAUGGUGAAAUCCCUCAAGAGCUAACAAAUCUCAUAUUUCUGGAGUAUUUAAAUCUCUCUCAAAAUCAACUUAGUGGUCCAAUUCCACAAGUUCGGCAGUUUUUGACAUUUGAAAGUUCCUCUUUUGAGGGAAACUUUGGAUUGUGUGGCUUUCCGUUGUCGAAGAAGUGUGGAAAUAAUGAGAUACCAACUUUUGAAAUGAGACAUGAAUCAUCAUUGGGAGAAGGAUUUUGUUGGAAAGUGGUAGUGAUUGGAUAUGCUUGUGGAUUGGUAAUUGGAUUCCUUACCGGACAAGUUGUCAGCUCAAGAAGGACAAAUUGGCUAGUGAGAAAUUUUGGAGUGAACUUAUGUAGGUGA